AACCAAAUAAGGGAGAGCACCCAGAAUCAAAGUGCGCAUGCGCAUAUUUAUAAAAACACCGAAGCCGCAGCGAUGAUUUUAUGACAAUUUUCUAAUUUGGCGUCAUGUUGUAUUUUUUCGACUUAGCUACUCGGACGCUGGUAACGUCUAAGUUUCAAGUCUGAACAACUGAACAUGUUUUAUUUCCCGAUAACUGUGUGAAAGAUAAGAGGAUGGAUAACGUUACCGUGGCAGCUGUAGAGGGGACCGCUGUCUGUCCCCUGGUCGCUGAGGACAUGGAGGGGAUCUGCGUGAUGCCUGACCUGAGCUCCAUAAAGACCGAGCAGUCUGUGGGUCCGAACCCCGACGAGCCAAGCCCUCAAAAUGUGGCCAUGGGCAUCAAGUUCAUCCUCCCCAACCGCUUUGACAUGAAUGUUUGCUCCAGAUUUGUGAAGUCUCUCAACGAGGAGGACAGUAAGAACAUUCAGGACCAGGUGAACUCUGACCUGGAGGUUGCUUCCGUUCUGUUUAAAGCUGAGUGCAACAUCCAAACCUCACCGUCACCAGGUAUACAAGUACGUCACGUUUACACGCCAUCCACCACUAAACAUUUCUCCCCGAUCAAACAGUCCACCACACUGACCAACAAACACCGUGGCAACGAGGUUUCCUCCACACCUCUUUUGGUCCACUCUUUAUCCAUUCAUCAGCUGGCAGCCCAGGGAGAAAUGGUGUUUUUGGCCAGUAGAAUUGAACAAGAGACCGUAAUCAACCUCCAAGACGACGAAGGUUUCACCCCUCUGAUGUGGGCCGCGGCGCACGGACAAAUCGCCGUCGUCGAGUUUCUGCUGCAAAACGGGGCCGACCCAAACCUGCUGGCCAAAGGAAGGGAAAGUGCGCUGUCUCUGGCCUGCAGUAAGGGAUACACAGACAUAGUUAAGAUGCUCAUCGACUGUGGAGUGGACGUCAAUGAGUACGACUGGAAUGGAGGCGCCCCUCUGCUUUAUGCUGUCCAUGGCAACCAUGUGCGCUGUGUUGAGAUUCUGUUAGACAGCGGCGCUGAUCCCACUGUAGAGUCGGAUUCGGGAUUCAACGCCAUGGAUAUGGCCGUGGCUAUGGGUCAUCGAAACGUUCAACAGGUGAUGGAGGCCCACCUACUGAAGCUACUGAUGGGAAUCAGAGAGUGAACUCCUGGAGGACAGACUUCUUGUGGGACGUUGCUUGGUGCUGGACAAUCAUGUAGCACGCCCUGGAUUGCGGCCUGCGGGAAUAUUGUGAUCUCUUCAAAACGGUGUCGUAAAAUCUUAUUUAUUUAAUCUUGUGCACACGACAGCUUGUUUUCACUUCUAACCCUUUUCGAAGCGGUCAUGCUCUGCACUUUAACGUAAUCCUCUGGAGUUGUCAACGAGUCGCAGACUACAUGUAAGUGAUGUUUUAUUAAAGCAACAACGGGCUUUUGUUUUCGUCACAUCCUAAUAUAUUAUUACACCUUUUCCACCUGUUAACCUCCUGCUGACCUUAAAGAGGUAGAGUGUGUGGUUUUCCAAUUUAUUUAUUUUUCCUGUGUUUUCGGAAAUUGAGGACACCCCAUAACAUCUGCCUCGCUUUUCCCGAAUGUCGACCUUGGACUGUGGGAGGGUUAAAUAACUUUAACCAUACUGAAAUGGUUUCUAAAGUUGGGGGGAAAAAAAAAAGUUUUUCAUCUUCAUGUCUGGUCUUCACAGCAAGCACAUUUGAGAGGCACAUUGAACCGUGAGAACAUGAAGCUGGCAACAUGUCGGGUGAAACAACCGAAUCUUUUUGUGUGUUUUUAAUUUUAUUUAUUUGAAUGUAUUGUGGCCAUUCUGGGGUCAGUUGUGUGUUUACGUACAGCCACGCUUAGAUGUUUAGUGAAUUUUAAAAAGACCAUACACUGCAAAUCGACAGUGGUAUCGUGGUGCUUCUUUUGCAGCUUUGUAUCAAAUGGCUUGUGCAUUAAAAGUCGUAAUUUUGCCGUCUGUCCAAAUGUGUUUGUUGGUUGUCUUUCUGUUUAAAAAAAAAAAAAAAAAAAAAGUUAAAAUUUUUACCAUAAAAAAAUAGAAGCUGUUUUAAGCUACAAAAUGGUAGGUUUCCAAAACUGAAUGGCAUGUGAGAAAAUUAAGAAAAAAUAAUCUAAUUUUCUUUUAGGCCACCAUGUGAAACUUAAAUUACAUAAAGUCCCAUUAGUUGUGGCAAUUUACACUUUUUUUCUUUUUCUUUUACCAAAUUGGUUGUGGGGGGGAAAUACAGGAGGUUCCCUAUAAUUAGCACUUCUUAGAUGUGAAGGAAUCUGCAGUUUAAAGUGCUCCAUACUGAAUAAACACAUCGAGUCACAUAGCAAACCAAGAAACGAGUCUGAAUUGAGUUAAACAAAAGACAAAAUAAAAUA